GGGAACGCACGUGUGCUUCUUCUUCCUCCUGUAUGAAGUUAUAUUUUCUUUCUAUCAUUAUAAAAAUAAUUUGCUAAGGAAAGAAGAGAAAGUGUGUCUGCGUUUGAGAAAAGCAGCUGAAUUUCUGUCUUGAGAAAGAAAGCCCGGAUUGGAAACUAUCUCCACCCGCGAUUUAUUUAAGCCAAACGAUCCCACUUUCGCCUUUCGUGCUCAACUGAAAAGCAGCUCAGGUCAGCUUGCACAAGUAGCAAUUCCAAAAUCGCAGCAAGCAGAGCCAGAGUGAGAGAAAAAUGGCGAACGCAUUUCAGUUUUUUGAGCUGAACACCGGCGCCAAGAUGCCUUCCGUUGGGUUAGGCACAUAUCGCGCCGAUACUCAUCUCAUCGGCGAUGUCCUCUCCGCUGCCAUUAAGGUUGGAUAUCGCCAAAUCGAUUGUGCUCAAAUGUAUGGCAAUGAGAAGGAGAUUGGUUUUGCUCUGAAGAAGCUGUUUAGCGAUGGGGCUGUGAAGCGUGAGGACUUAUGGAUCACCUCCAAACUCUGGUGUACUGAUCAUGAACCAGAUGAUGUGCCAAAGGCAUUUGAUAAAACUUUGGAGGAAUUGCAGCUUGACUAUCUGGAUCUCUAUCUUAUCCACUGGCCAGUGAGCAUGAAAAAGGGGUCAGUUGGCUCUGAUCCUCAAAACCUUACCCAACCUAAUAUACCCAGUACAUGGAAAGCAAUGGAGGCACUCUUUGACUCUGGCAAGGCCAGGGCUAUUGGAGUUAGCAACUUCUCUUCAAAGAAGCUUGGAGAUCUGUUAGAGGUGGCACGAAUACCUCCAGCUGUUAAUCAAGUGGAAUUGCACCCUCACUGGCAGCAACCGAAGCUGCACACUUUCUGUAAAUCUAAGGGAGUUCAGUUAUCUGGCUAUUGUCCAUUGGCAAGGAAUAAGGUCCUUAAGAAUUUAAUUGUGAACUUGGUGGCAGAAAAACUGGGCAAGACUCCUGCCCAAGUGACUCUUCGAUGGGGGUUACAAAUGGGUCACAGUGUAGUGCCUAAAAGCACGAAUCAGGCAAGGAUACAGGAAAACUUUGAUCUUUUUGAUUGGUGUAUACCCGACGACUUGUUUGCCAAAUUCUCUGAAAUUAAGCAGGUGAAGCUUGUUCCAGGAACUGGUUUUGUACAUGCGACUUUGGGUGCGUACAGGACCCUUGAAGAACUGUGGGAUGGCGAGUUGUGAGCAGAACCUAGGUCCUGUUUCAAUGGUUUAUAACUUUAUACCUAAUGUGCAAGUGCAACCGCACCAAAACUAGAAUUGUAUGAAAGAUUGAUUCUGCCAUUAAAAUCUAAGUGAUGAGUAUAUAGUGAUGUGAGAGGUGGAAUUGUUGCAUGUUCAAUCUCCUUCACCUGCUUGUAUUCAUUCUUGUUUUUAGAUCAAGAUAUAAGACAAUCAAUUUCUGAUGCUUUCCUCCUUAUUUC